AUGACAGCUACCACUGUAGUUAUCUCAAGGUUCAACACAGAGAGCACUGGCUUCCAAGCUCAGUCAUGUGGCUGCUGGAAGAUCUCAGAAAAUGUUUCUGUAUGCACUGAUGAGGGCCUUUCCACAGGCCUGCUUGGUUUACAUAUUGUUUAUGGCUGCUUUUGUACCACAAAGCACUCUGGGGGUGUAAAGGAUUUUAGCACCUGUAGCUUGGAUGACUUUAAAUAUUUUGCUGCACAUUCUGGCCUCACAUGUCUUCAUAGCAUCCUUUUGGAUGAACCAGUUUACAAACAGAGGAGGAGGAUAUGUGGCAAUGGAAUUCUGGAGCAAGGUGAACAAUGUGAUUGUGGCACUUUAGAGAAUUGUACCCAUAAACACUGCUGUGAUCCUAGAACAUGUAGAAGGAAACGGAAUAAACAGUGUGGUUCUGGGGAAUGCUGCACACAAGACUGCAAGAUAAGACCUGCUAAUGUAAUUUGUAGGAAAUCAGCUGAUGAAUGUGAUUUUAUAGAGUACUGUAAUGGGACUUAUUCACACUGUGUGGCUGACACAUUUGCACGUAAUGGACAAAGUUGUGAAUCUGGUUCCGCCUACUGUUAUGGAGGACGAUGUCGGUCAUUUACUAAACAGUGUAGAAAUUUAAUUGGAGGAGAAUCAACAGGUGCUUCAUUCUCUUGUUUUGAUGAAAUAAAUUCAAGAAAAGAUAGAUUUGGAAACUGUGGCAGAGAAUAUUGUAAUUACCCCCAUUUGUUAUGUGGAAAAUUAGUUUGUAACUGGCCACACAAAUAUUUAAUUUCACGUGCAAAUUUAUCUGUGAUUUAUUCACAUGUACGAGAGCAAAUGUGUGUAUCUACAUUUCUAAAUGCAGAGAAAAUACCUAGAGAUACAAUUACUACAGUUCAAUUCCCUGGAGACAGAGAUCGAACAUUUGUACAAGACGGCACUGUGUGUGGACCUGAAAUGUUUUGCUUGAACUUUAGCUGUGUAGAGAUUAAAUACAGAGUCAAUUAUGGGGAAUGCAAUUCUUCCAGACAUUGUAAUGCAAAUGGAGUCUGCAACAAUUUUAACCAUUGCCAUUGUAAAAAGGGGUUUGUUCCUCCUGAUUGCAACGUGGGAAACGGUUUUGGAAGUAUUGAUGAUGGACACCAAAGCAAAGUGGGUCCUAGAAGGCUUUGGGAGGGAAAAGUCCUUCCUUCAAAACACAGAUUUCAACUCAUUUUCUACAUUUCUUUACCUGUGUUGAUCAUUGCUACUACUGCUAUAAUAAUAAAGCAGAAUAAAAUAAGAGAGCUGUGCUACCGAGGAGAAACUGAAAGUGAGGGGUCUGUGUCGGAAGAAAGCAGCAGCAGCAGCAAGUUGUCCCCUACCGUAAGUAACAGUCUCUAACAAUAUUGGCCUAAAGAGAGGAUAUUAUGAAAUAAAUCAUCAGAAACUGGUCUAAAGCAAGAAGGAAAAAAAAAGUAAUUUCUCCCUCCCUCUGUUGUCACUGCUGAGGGCUUAAAUUAUGAAAUAAUAAAUCAUCUGUACCUGAAUCACCUAAAUUAUGUCCAAUGUUUUCUCUGUAUUUUCAAUUCCAACUUCCACUGUUAUCUACUUUAACUUGAAUCCAGAAAAGGCGCUACCUAAUCAGGUAAAGGUGGCCAAAGACCCUCACCCCAUAAAGCCUUAUGACACCAGGACAGCAUAUCCAUUUUCCUUUCUGCUCUGUAGGUUGACCUGAAUUAUCUCUCCCCUUCUAACCUCACCCCUGUCUGCCUUCCUCCUUCCUUGCUGAGCUCCUAGAUUUCAGCUAGCCUGUGAUUUGUCCUAGUGGCAUUUACUCAGAUAAGAGUUGAAUCCAGUCUUUCUCUUGUUAUUGCUUCUCCUCUUUGAAUACUGUAUUCCCACUUGAUUGUUUUCAGAUUCCUGUUUACCAAGAGGAGAUUUACCAUGAAGCUAAGGAAGCAAAAGCAUCAGGGCCACCUACUUGCAUAGGUUCUGUUCAAAGUCAUGGACAUGAUUUUGUAUGUCAUCCACAACAAAUAAUUAUAUAUCUUUUGUGAAAUGGGGUGCACUACCAGGCUCUAGUAGAGAUGGUACAUUUGACCAUGGGACACCAGGUGGCCAUAUAUCUGAAGUACUGACUAUGGUCAGCUAAGUCAUAAAGUCAGACUCCUAAAUUACUCAGCACUGUAGCACUAGUGUUCCUCCCAUAGCUUGUGCCUGUGCCCAUUUUCAGUUUGUCUCCAAUCAGGAGACAGUAAUUACAUGGUAAUUUAAAUAGUUUAGGAGUUCCUAUUAUGGGUGGUACAGUGGGUUAAGGAUCCAGCAUUGCUUCAGCCAUGGCAAAGUUUGCAAGUCUGUCUCAGAUUUGGUUCCUGGUCCCAGGAACUUCUGUAUGCUGGGAGCGCAGCUGAAAAAAGAAAGAGAAAAGUGGAAAUUUAAUAAUAAGCUCCACUGGAGAGCAGUUACAAAGAUAAAAAGAGAACUCCACAGGUAUCCUAGGUCUGAGGGAAAGUACCCAAGGAAGGAUACACUCUCCAAGGCUGGGGUUCAGACCACAGUGGAGAAGGUGUGACUUCUGCCUACUUGAUUGCUUAGGCCAGAGGUCAUCGACAGAUGUUGAGAAGGCAGAAAACACACCUCCAGCUAGAGAGAAAACCAGUGCCACAUCAUGUGCAAGAGCUAGAAUGCACAGUGUCUGAAUCACUUCUCUUGAGGUAUUCUCUGAUUUCCUCUUCGAUUUCUUCAUUGUCCUUUUGGUUUUUAGCAAUAUAUUGUUCAGUCUUGACAUUGUUUGUCCUUUUCCUUUUUU